AUGGAGCACACCAUCCUCAAAAGGCACAAGGAAGUGCCAGGCUGCGUCUGGAAGCCCGGCAUGGUCGGGCCGGGCUGUCGUCCCUCUUCAGCGCUCAAAAAGGCAGCCAUGAAGGGCAAAGACAGCUAUUACGAAAUGGAAAAGUACAGCCUCAUCGUCACCUGGGUUCUGCUGGCCAUGCUCGGCCUGGUCAUGCUUCGCGGGCUCGUUUCCAAGCUUCGUCAUAGCCCCAACCGAAAGCUCUCGCUUGCCAUCCUCGCAAUCCCCGGGUACCGAUCCUUCGCAGCGUUAUGCAGAGGAAUCGGCUACUACCGACCCAAGAAGAUCUUUACCCGCAAGACUGUCCUCAGCGACAUUGUGUCGGCGGAUCGUUUCCCGUCCCUCGGUAACAUCAUCACCUUUGCCGCUCCAGCAAUCGGCUUUGUCUGCUGGUGCUUCGCGAUCAAGCCUUACUACCGUCCCUCGGCUGUUUGGGGUAGCACGCCCCUCGGUGUACGAGCGGGCAUGAUCGCCAACGCCAUGUUCCCCUGGCUCUUCGCUUUCGGCCUCAAGUUCAACCCGCUCACGUUCUUGACGGGCAUCAGCCACGAGAAGUUGCAGUUCUACCACCAGUGGAUGGCGCGUGUUAUCCUCUUCUUAGCCGUCGUACACACGGUGCCGUUCAUCUGGCAGCCUGUUCAUGACGGCGGCUUCAGCAACCUCAAGGCGUGGUACUACUACGAUCCGGUCUGGUGGACGGGCACGGUUGCACUGGCCUUCUUGGCCUGGCUCGUCGUUUCGUCGUUUGGCUACUUCCGACGCAUGUCGUACGAGUUUUUCGUCGUGCAGCAUGUGAUCACCAUCGUGCUCUUCCUCGUGUUCUACUUUAUGCACACGCGCGAUCUGCUCCAUUCGUGGUCGUGGCUCUGGCCGACCAUCGGCGUGUGGGGUUUCCAUGUGCUGUUUAAGUUCGCCAACUCGUUGCGCAUCAGUCGUUUCACCGGUAUUAGCGCGACCGUGACGGUAGUCGACGAAGAUGAACAGCUCCUCAAGCUUGAACUGGCAGCACCCGUGUCGUGGCAGCCUGGUCAGCACUUCUUCCUGCGCUUCCCUGGAGUCAACAAGUCGGCACCGUACCAGACCCACCCUUUCACCGUCGCCAAUCUGGCUUCGCCGGAUAGUCACGCGGACUCGCACAUGGUCUUCUUCUUCAAGGCGCGCGAUGGACUGACCCGCAAGAUUUGGGAGCAGCUUGUGCGACAGCCUGCCGUCAAGGGCAAGGUCUCGACGGCGCUCACGGUAGCACUCGAUGGUCCGUAUGGCUCGCCGUUCCACCCAGCGGCGUACAAUGCCGAUGUGAUGAUCGCCGGUGGCGUGGGCAUGACGUCGGUGCUGCCCGCGCUCAUGAGCUUGUGCGUUGCCGCGCGGUCGUCGAACGACACGUUGACGUCCAAGAUUGCCGUGCACUGGGCCAUCCAGACGAUGCGCAUGUUCGACGCCUUUGAGCCGUCGCUUCGACCGAUGCUCGAGCACCUGCGGUCGCUCGGCAUUGACGUGUCACUGGACGUGUACUGCCGCGAACAGGCUGCACUCGAGCCCUCGGAAAAGGACCAAAUCGCGUCGUCCAGUUCAUCCACACUCGCCAAGUCGCCGAUCCGCGUGCACAACCAACGCAUGGACGUGCCCAACGUCAUCAUCGGCUUCGUCGACGAUGUCUCUCAGCAAAAGGACGGCAGCACGGUAGGCGUGUCCGUCUGCGGCCCCGCGUCGAUGACCAACGAGACGGCCAACACCGUCGCCAAGCUGCAGUGGUCGCACGUGCUGUCGUCCAAGCACAACUCGGUCGAGGAGAUCUUCCUGCACACCGAGGCCUUCGAGUGGUAA